AUGUUCCCUAAGGACACUGUAGAUUUCACCGUGGAGAUUGGAGACUCGGCCUUACCUCAGGAUGCACCCAUCGCCAUGGCUCAACCUGCAAAACUCCAACUGCUCUUCAGCAAUGGCUCUCCUCGUUGCGUAGCUUGCAAUCUUUUCCAACCUCGAGCCCUUCCUUCGCUGUCCCAUCACCCGGUUGAGGCAUGUGAGCUUAAUCCUCUGCGCCCAUGUGUCCAGCCGUACCCUGCUCUUCCUAUGGAGCAGGUGUUUGUCCUCUGGGGUAUUGGCAUGAAUGCAGUGCCGCAAUGCAAUCAGGAAAGGGCUGGUAUCAAUUUCCUAAAAGAAUGCAUGGUUAGGGUGGCGUUUGGUGAUAUCUGGUGGUCUAAUACCUUGGUGGAGGAAGGAGAGGAGAUGGAGGUUGCUGUCGAUCAUGGUGCCAUGCCCAAGACUGGGCUCUCUACUGAUGAUGUAAUAUCUUUUGAUAUUAAUAUACGAGGCUUCGUUGAAGGUUCUCAGAUUCUGCAGAUCGAAAGCAGUACCAUUCGAGAAACCAAGUAUCCCGACUACGUUUCUACACUCGAUUUUUCUGCGCAGAAUCUUCGAUAUAGAGAACCCGGAAUACGAAUGCCUGCCUUUAUCCUUAUUCCCGAGGACGAAGGGCAGCUGCAAAAUAUUGUGUCUCUACUCUUAAAUUACAGUCUGAGGAUUCGUGUUCGAUGUGGAGGACACAGCUACGAGGGGCUUUCCUACACUGCCGACGCUCCUUUCGCUCUUAUCGAUCUUCAAAAGCUGAACAAAGUCAGUGUGGACAAGAAAUCAGAGACGGCCUGGGUAGAAGGAGGCGCCACGUUAGGUGAAGUUUAUUCUGCUAUUGCUGAAAGUUCGUCUGAGCUCGCGUUUCCUGCAGGAAUUUGCCACACGGUGGGCUCCGGUGGUCAUUUCGCCGGCGGGGGGCUGGGCUUUCUAUCGAGAAAGUACGGCCUUUCAGCUGACAAUGUGUUGGACGCCCGCCUGAUAAAUGGGUCAGGGGAGAUGGUGGAUAGAAGCAAAAUGGACAAAGAUGUGUUUUGGGCUCUCAGAGGAGGCGGCGGUGGCAGCUGGGGAGCUGUUUGUGCCUGGAAAAUCCGGUUGGUUAGGGUGCCUCCAAUUUUAACAGCCUUCAAAGUGUUUAAACAUGGUACUGAUAUUGUCACGGAGACCGUGAACAGAUGGCAAUAUGUUGCUCCCGAAAUGGAGGACGUCAUCUUCAUGCAAGUAAAGGUCGACUUCAACGAGAGAAAAGUAAUCAGAGCCUUGUUCGAAGGAACAUACCUUGGGCCUAAGACCGAGCUGCUGAAUAAAAUUGCUCAGAGCUUCCCAGAGCUUCAAAUGGCGGCGGCGGAUUGUAAAGAAAUGAGUUGGAUAGAGUCAAUUGCCUACUUUGAUUACAACAUCCCAGUCAGCGAAUUGACUAACAGGUAUUAUUACAAGAAGCUCUACUUCAAAGUCAAAUCAGAUUUUGCUAAGACACCUCUUCCAGAAUCUGCACUCAGAGGACUCUGGAGCAGGAUGAAAGGAGGCUUCCCGUCUGUGUAUACAGUUUUCGCUCCCUUGGGAGGUAAGAUAGGCAGGAUACCCUCCUCCGCGACGCCGUUUCCUCAGCGGGCAGGGACAUUGUUCUACAUGCACUACAACGUGUUCUGGACUGAGAGUGGUGAAGAUGAUUACUUCCUUAACUGGAUGAGGGAUCUUUACGAGUACAUGGAACGUCAUGUCUCCCAUUCUCCGAGGGCUGCAUACGUCAACUUUCUCGACCUUGAUCUGGGCACUGGCCACGCUUCUGUUGAAGAGGCCAGAGUUUGGGGUGAAAAGUAUUUUGGUGCUGCAAAUUUCGCUAGGCUUGUUCACGCUAAAGCGCAGGUGGAUCCCGCAAACAACUUCAAUAAUCCUCAGAGCAUUCCUCCGGGAGUGAUAAAUUAUAAUUACGAUGUAAAGUCUAUGCAAUGCGUCUAUCUCUCUUGA